AUGUUUAUGCCAGGACAGGAAGCCCUCUCCCCAGAGGAGAUCAAGGCUGGAGAAUUGGAAGCUUUUGAGACCCUCAAAAUGGUUGCCACCGGGAGCGUGUUGCUCUAUCUCUCCCCCUUUGCCAUCGACUUCGUCCGAAGACUUUUCUAA